AGAAAAACAAGCUAAAAUCCUCCAACACAAUGGCGUUUCCUCUUCUUCUUCUUCUACUUCUUCUGAGUUUCGUGUUCAAAGCUGCAAAUGUUCAACCAAGAAGCUCCACCAUCGAACCAGGCUCUUCUCUUUCACCCAAUAACAAUUCAUAUUUGUUAUCGGAGUCCGGUGAGUUCGCCUUUGGUUUCUAUCGAUACGAAAAUGGCUACUCCGUCGGCAUCUGGUUCGAAAACAUCCCGCAGAAAACAGUCGUAUGGACGGCUAACCGGGAUGACCCGCCGUUCACCGUUGAUUCCACAUUGCUUUUCACUGAAGGCAGGCUUAUCGUGCGACAGAAGCAAGGCCAAAAGGUACUAAUUGAUGGUGUUGCUAAUGCUACCUCGGCCUCGGUGCUCGACUCGGGUAACUUUGUUCUAUAUUCGAGUUCGGCAACCAUAUGGCAGAGUUUCGGUUAUCCAACAGACACCAUUUUGCCCGGUCAGCGUCUGGUGGUGGAAGGUAAACUGGUUUCCGAUGUCUCCGACACGAAUCAUACUAGUGGGAAAUUUCUAAUCCUUAUGCAAGGAGAUGGAAACCUGGUGCAGUACCCUGUCGGAGCAGUCGAAUCCGGAUUCGGUUACUGGAAUUCCGAAACAUACACGGCUGGAAAUGGUGUGAGUCUUAAUCUUGAAAGUGAUGGUCUCUUGUAUCUGCAAAAUGCCUCUGGAUUCAACAUAAAAAGUAUUAACAAGGUUAAUGCCUUGGGCAAGCCCAUCUAUCGUGCAACGAUCGAUACGGACGGUAUAUUUCGAUUGUAUUCGCGUAGUUCCAACAGAUCGGGUGACUGGAUCACUGAAUGGUCAUCCCUGGAUAAUAAAUGUGAUCCUGUGGGGUUGUGUGGUGAGAAUAGUUACUGUGUUUUGAUGGAAGGGGAACCUGUAUGUCAAUGUCCUCCUCGUUUCAAUUACAUCGACGAGGAACAGAAGGGCUUGGGAUGCCGGAAGAAUUACAGUUUAGAUGCUUGUAUGAGAAAGAACGACCAAACGUUAGAUUUCUUCGAACUGACCGGAUCAUCUUGGAAAGCUAGCGAUGCAUAUCUCAAUUUCACAUCGAGAACCAAAAACAAUUGCAGAAUGGAAUGUUUGCGAAACUGUGAUUGUGAUGCUGCCUUGUACAACAAUCAAUCGUGUAAAAUGUUGAAGUUGCCAUUAAGAUUUGGAAGGAAAGAAACAAGUGGUGAUACUAUAACAUUACUAAAGAUUGGUGGUGAGUUUGCUGGUCCUGGGACAGGGAAACGAAAGCGUCCCAGGAAACGCAAGCUGCGAAUGGACAUCUUGAUCACUAGUCUCGUCUCGACUUGCUCAAUGCUUGCAUUAAUCGUUGUAGCAGCAAUAGGUUUUCUUAAAUAUCGGUCACGUGUCCGAGAAUACGAGCAAAUUCUGCAAACGGUAAACAAUCGAGUUGCCGAAGAUGUUGCCUUGAAAUCAUUUACCUUUGAGGAGCUCAAGGAUGCAACCAACAAUUUUGUCGAUGAGAUUGGUAAAGGAGCUUAUGGGACAGUUUUCAGAGGGGUGAUAUCCAAUGGUAACGGUGAAAGAACAGUAGCCAUCAAGAGACUCGAAAAAGUAGUAACCGAAGGAGAAAGAGAUUUCAAGAACGAAAUGAGAGCAAUCGGGAUAACCCAUCACAAGAACUUGGUUCGAUUGCUCGGUUACUGCUACGAUGGUACCAACAGGCUUCUGGUUUAUGAGUACAUGAAAAAUGGAUCACUCGCGGACUUCUUUUUCAUAUCAAAAUUGAAGAUAAAUUGGGAAGGAAGAGUCGAAAUAGUAUUGAACAUCGCGAGAGGGCUUUGUUACUUGCACGAAGAAUGCGAAACACAGAUCAUCCAUUGUGAUAUCAAACCCGAAAACAUCCUAAUGGACGACAAAGGGAAUGCGAAAAUUGCAGAUUUCGGAUUAGCCAAGCUACUAAUGCCCAAUCAAUCCAAGACAUACACCGGAAUCAGAGGAACUAGGGGGUACGUUGCCCCAGAGUGGCAUCAGAACUUGGCGAUAACCGUGAAAGCAGAUGUUUAUAGCUUCGGGAUAAUGCUGUUCGAGAUUGUUUGUUGUAGGAGGAGCGUAGAGGCUGAUGUUCCAGAGAAUGAACAAGUUCUUACACAUUGGGUGUAUGAUUGUUUCAAGGCAAACGAAGUGGAGAAGCUGGUGCGAAACGAAGAAGUCCCGAAGAGUAAAUUCGAAAGGAUUGUUAAAGUCGGAUUGUGGUGCACCCAAUAUGAAGCGUCGUCUCGACCGUCGAUGAAAAAGGUUACACUGAUGCUGGAAGGGACAGUUAAUAUACCUGACCCUCCUCUUCUUAGCUCCUGUGUUAAUUCUCCAUAGCCCACGCCUCCCUUGCAAGUUGCUUGUGUUGCAAGGUUGAGGGCUG